AACAAUGAAGCAUAUGUUUUGCAUUAAUUGUUGUUCUUUUAAUAAUGUGCCACUUGUUUUAUUUUAAGUUUUGGAGGUUCUAAAUGUAAAAAUACACGUUUUUUAAAAUGCAUUUUAUGAAUAUUUGUGUUUCUCUGUGUAAUGUGCUGAAUAAGUGUAUAAGUGGAUUGAGUCAAACAAAAGAGGGGCACACGGGGCACAGAUGGAUGUUCUGGAAGAGAAGACGUCACCUAGUGACAUUCCUCGCGUUCCUGGGGUUCUUCAACGUUUACACUCUCAGGGUGAACUUGAGUGUUGCUAUUGUCGCCAUGAACUCUCCAUACAACGUUACUCUGGACAACGGAACAAUUGUGGAGAAACAAGACUUCGACUGGGACUCCAAGACACAAGGAUUUGUCCUGAGCUCAUUCUUCUACGGGUACAUCGCCACCCAGAUUCUAGGGGGGUGGCUAGGUGCCUGUCUGGGUGGCAGUCGGGUUUACGGUGUGGGGGUGGCCGUCACGGCACUCUUCACUUUAUUCACCCCUACUGUGGCCAACGCCAGCGUCUUCUUGCUUCUGGGGAUCAGAUUCAUUGAGGGUCUCUUUGAGGGUGUCACGUACCCGUGUAUCCAUGCCGUCUGGUCCCGAUGGGCGCCUCCCCAGGAGCGAGCUCGGAUGGCUUCCAUCGCCUUCUCGGGCAGCUUUGUUGGCACCGUAGUCGCCUUUCCCGUGUGCGGCUUUAUCGCCAACUCUCUAGGCUGGCCGUACAUCUUCUACAUCACAGGGGUAAUCGGAUUAAUAUGGUGUGCUGUUUGGUGGACUGUGGUGAAGGACAAACCGGAAGACGAUCCUCAUAUCUCUCCUGAGGAACUAAAGUUCCUGAAAGAGUCUCUUGGUGGUGGACCGAACGACACUGCUGCUAAACACGUCACGUAUCCUUGGGCAAAGUUUCUCACGUCGAUGCCCGUAUGGUCCAUCGUAGUAGCCCACUUCUGCGAGAACUGGGGCUUCUACACUCUGCUCACUCAGCUUCCCACAUUCAUGAAAGACACACUCAACUUCCAGUUGGAGAAAGCCGGAUUUAUGUCAUCUCUGCCAUACUUGGUGAUGGCUAUCAUCAUGCAGUUCGCUGGAACAUUGGCUGACUGGUUGAGGAAUACGGAAGUGCUCACCACCACACAAGUGCGGAAAGUUUUUAAUUGUGGAGCAUUCAUAAGCCAGACCAUCUUCAUGUUCCUGGCAGGACACUUACACACAGCUAACGGCGUGAUAUUGUGUCUGGUCAUGGCUGUUGGGCUGGGAGCGUUUGCUUGGCCUGCAUUCAGCGUAAACCACCUGGACAUAGCGCCUCAAUAUGCCAGUGUACUGAUGGGCCUGUCCAACACAUUUGCAAGCAUUCCAGGCAUUGUGAGUCCUAUUCUCACUGGCUACAUCGUCACAGAUAAGAGUGCGGAGCAGUGGCAGGUCGUGUUCUACGUAGCCAGCACCAUCUAUCUCCUGGGUGCACUUUUCUACGGGAUAUUCGCUUCAGGGGAGAGACAACCCUGGGCCAUAGAAGAAUCUGCACCACAGACGACAACAUUUCAGAAGCCCGAUCACGCUUAUGAUAACAAAGCUAUGUCUGACGAUCCUGUAUGAUACAUUAUAAUUAAACGUUUGUUUCUGUUUGUUA